AUGGAUCACGGUGAGCAUGCUGAGCAUGGCCACGCCGGAAAUGGCACGGCGAUGGCCAUGUCAAUGGUAUUCAACCUAAGCACCAAGGUCACAAUUCUCUUCAGCUGGUGGUCGACUACUACAGUGACCUCAUAUGUAUUUUCGCUAUUGUUCCUCUUCUUCCUCACCUUAUUCAACCGGUUCCUUGGAAUUUUAAAACUUCAGUUGGACCGCAGACCAAUCAAUUCGGAUCACGAUGUGUCCGAUGUGCCCAAAUUAAAAUUCCCACCGUCUCACUGGGUUCGGAACCGGAGUUCUAAAGAUCGCAUGAGUCCUCUUCCACCACACGUGGAGGUAAAUCACGACAACUCUGACUGUUAUGGCGGUCUCCCCUCGACUCCUUUGCUAGGGCCCACUUUGCAACCCUACUCGGAUCAACGCGAACAAGAGUCCUAUGUUGCAAGUUCUCAUCCGCGUCUACUUCGCCCGAACAGAAGAUGCAACUGGCAGCAGGAUAUUACGAGUUCUCUGCUGGAGGGACUCCGCGCCCUUAUUGGGUACGCAAUGAUGCUAUCUGUCAUGACAUACAACGUCGGUAUUUUGUGUGCUGUUCUUGCGGGUAUCGUUGUUGGCGAGUUGUUGCUGGGCCGCUUUUCCACACCGUCCCCUGGGUGGCAGGAUGGGGCAUGCCACGAUGGCUAG